AUGGGCACCGCGUCAAACCCAGGGUGCAGAAGUCACACACAUCAUCUCAACAAUGAACCAAGUAGUACUUCGUCCCCUGAUGCUCGGUUUCUCGUUGCAGGGGUUCAGAACACAGAUUUUGAACCCAUCGUGAUCGAUGAUAACGAAAGUCCGAGCCCUGAGUCUGCCAAUGCCUCUCUCGACACCUGGGAUGAAAGUCCUACGACUAAAGGCCUUCUCAUGCACAAGCCUUCUACAGCCAUCCUGAACCGAGUACCAGUCACCACAAGUCAACUGUUCCAUCGGCCCAUCAGUGCCGGAACAUUGCACCAACCAACCAUGUUCUGUUUUAAGCCGGCAAAUAUGCCAAAACCAUUCCAGUUGGCACGGCAGAACACGAAGGCUGUCCAUCAUGUCGAGACAACGCAGACAGCAGCUGAAAAUGAGCAAGAUACAAUCCUACCUCCGGAAGAAGUACCUACGAGACAAAAAGAGGAAAGAAUGGAUCAUACAAAUGCGGGAGAUCUUGAGCCUCAGUCCUCCUGGGAGGACGAUGUUCCACCACUAGAACAAACUGCAAUUUCUUUCGAAUCUGCUUCAAAAACACGACAAGGUGAUGUUAAUGAGCCUCUUAGCCACUCGUCACCAAGUCGUUCGUCCUGCGGAACCGUUGAGCACUCGAAUGAUGUGACGAAAUCUCAUACGAACUCGGAACAGCAUUCACCCUCGACACCAUUGCACAAUCAUCCGCAAGAAGUCGCUGGCGGUCAUGAAAAUACAGAUCUCGUGCCAAUGGACAGUGAAUCUGCCCAUUCUCGACACACAAAUCACUUGAACUUCACUACUGAUGAAUUUUCUGCUUCUCACGAGUAUGUUGAGUCUUGUAAAAUCAAAUCAAGUCCUCUUAGGGCUACAGCGAUGGAGAAGCAACACGCUCGAUCUCACUCCAAUAGCCCCGUGGACGCAUUGAGAGUCAUCAAGACGCCAAAGAAUCCCCGCAUCCGAUCAGUGGUACCGCGCUUCUCAGAAAGCCCUGGUAACGCUUUGAAUGCGAACGCCAAUCGGGCUCCCACUGAAGAGGACUUACUUUAUCUUCUCAUGUCUCGCACGAGGGAGACAGCAAAGUCUAUGAGAAGACUUGAACUACUCGAGCACGAAAAUGAGGAGCUAUGCGAAGCAAAAAUUGUCUCAGAAGCAAAGCUUGGGCAGGUUGAAAAUGACCAUCGCAUCCUCAUGGCCAAGCAAGACAUAAUGAAUCAAUGCCUUGAGACUUUCAAAGAAAAAUAUCACAAAUUGAAGAACUGGGCCCUUGAAGCCAACAAAGACUGUGAGCUACUACAAAACCAGUCGAUCAACCUCCGACAAACCGUGUCAGAGCUCCACAAAGAGAGAGAUAUCUUACGGGCAAGCCUGGAAAGUCUUAGUACCAACCAUGGCGAGCUUGUCCAUCAGAUGGAUAACAUGCGAGUGCUCAUCGGAGAUGUGAAGCAAAUGGCAGCACACGAAUCUACCAAUGCCACUCGAAAGGAUGCUCUGCUCCGAAUCAACAAGGAGUGCCUCAAAAAGGAACAAGCUAGAUGCGAGAAACUGGAAGCCCACAUUGCUCAAAUCGAGCGACAUAGAACCCGGCAGGAUCAGAGAUUGCAUGGUUAUCAUGAUGAACAGAAUCAGUCUCUGCGAGAAGUGCUAGGCGAGUUGAAGAAUCUGACGGCCAGUGAUACAGAAUCACAGUCGAAAUCAAGAGAGAUUCAAGAAAGCGUUCUAGCUUGCAAGUCACUGAUGCAAGAACAGCCAAAGUUCGACUUGGAAAUAUCUCAAAUCAAAGAUCAUUUCGAAACCAUCAACCAAUCAGUCAACUUGCACUGCUCAUCAUCCGUUGAGACCUUGAAAGGGGAAAUCGAGAAUCUGGGCAGGGUAUUUGAAUCCCAAUCAACAAUCAACAAUCAACAAAAUUUGCAAGCUGUUCAAGAUUGCAAUGUUCAAUUAGUCAAAGCCAAGGAGCAAGUUGCACAGCUUCUGCAGGCGAAAGAACAGUCCAAGACCAUUACAGACUUGCUGCGUAGUGGCAAGGAGGUGGCUGAGAGUCGUGAAGCAUAUUUGAAGGCCAAUACUGAAAAACUGAUUGAAGCCCUCACUGAUGGCAGAGGUAGCAAUCAAGAAUACCUUGAUCAAAUGAAGUCCGCCAACGAAGCUCUGCUCACUAAAUUCCAAGCUGCAAGCUCGCAGGCUGCAGAAUUCAAGGGACAAAUUGAUGAAAAAGCCAGACAGGUCAAGCUUCUUGGAGUUCAAAUUGGUGACCUUCGGAAAGAGAAAGACGGAAUUGUGUUACAGCUCCAGACUUCCGUGCAAGAGCGCCUUCUUCUUGAGGAGAGAAUCAAGGUAGAAAUGGACAAGAAGACGAGCGAAUCUGAAAAUCAAAUUCGUGGUUUGCAAGGAGACUUGAACCAGCAAAUUCAACUUCGCCAAAACAGUGAGAGACAGUCAAAGGAAUUGAAUGAGAAUCUCUUAAGACUUCAGGAAGAGCUCAAAUCAUCCCAAAGCCAAUCGAUUCAGUCUGCUUUUGAAAAAGACGAACAAGCAAAGCGAUUGGUCCUGCUGCAGGGCGAGCUAAAGAAGGCUCAAGAGAAUGCCCAUUUGUUCGACCAAAUGCAGCGGGAUCUUGCUGUUAAGUCAGCUGAGAUAAUUGGCUUGCUGGAGAGUCAAGCCAAGUACGAGCAGAUCAAGCAGGAGCUUUUGCUACAACGAGAUACAAUUCAGCAGAAAACUCGCGAGGCAGGCUUCCUUUUGUCAGAGAUUGAAGACUUACGCCAUAAGUCAAUUAGCCUGGAGCAAAAGUCUCGAGACCGAGAGAGCUUAGUCCAGAGCAACGUCCGCCUAGAAAAGGGAAUCCAUAAUUUGGAUAAGAGACUUGCUGGCAUGCAAGCCAUGAGCGAGCAGCUAGAAGCUCGAAAACAUCAACUUGAACAAUCACAAUCUGCACUUGAUCAGGCACGAAAAGAUCUACGUCGGAUGCAAGAACUUGAGGAGAGCAACAAAGAGCUCACACAGAAGUUUGACCUGGCCAACUCGGAGCUAACCAUCGCAAACGAAAAGAAUGAGAAGUUCAAUGCACUCGAGAAAUCACUUGCUCAAAAGGAGGAGACGAUCGCCAGAAUUGAAACCGAACUACAGAAUCAAGCUUCGCUUUCUGCAGAGCUUGUCAACACCAAGCAAGACUUGACAUCGAAACAGAAUGAGCUGUCAAGACUCGAGACACGCGUCCAGACUCUGGAGACCGAACGGGUGAACAUGGGCCCACCUCGACCUGUCCGAAUAGCAGCAAACCGAUCUAUUCAGGGUGGGUAUCCACUUCGAAGUCCUCUUCGACCUGAGAUACAUCGUCAUGGCGCCGAGAUGGAUCCCAUCCAGGCAACCGGUCUCAUUGAUACAGACACUGCAAUACCCUCUGCCGGCUCUCCCGAUAUGGCAAGCACGCAAAGUGUCAUUGCUGACACUCAACCAGAGAUCCCAGAGACACUCCAAGACGUUCCGCAUUCUUUUCAGAGUCCACUUCAGAAUCUUGAGAUGCUGGGCUUACAGGAAGCUGGAGACACUUCUUCUCUGACUGAUCUAGCGGAUCCAUUUGAUGGGGAUGAAUUGCUCGAGAACGAGGGGAACUCUGACCUAGAAGGGCCUGAUACCUCCCUCAUCCCUCCCCGCAAUCUGCCAGCUAGUCCAUCAAGGUCUGCUGCUGAACGACCGCCGUCAAGUUCUUAUGGGUCCGUGAAUGAACACAUGCUGCUGGACUUCAACCUCAAUGGGGAUGCGCAAUCCAGGCCAACAAGUCGAAAUGAUGGUUUCAACAUUGACUCUGAGCAUGGCGAACACCAUUUUCAAUCAAGACACUUAAGGAAGACUGGAGCAACUUCUAGACGACUUAGAAGUGACUCCCACACUCGAGGAAAUCCAAGCACUGAUUCUCCUGGUAAACGAACAGAGAAUUUGAGCAACAGGGAAACGACUCCAUCGAUCAUGCGCGAGAAACAUCGGCCGAACUCAGCAGUGAAGCGCAAGAUGGAGCAAAGUGAAGAUUCACACUCUUCAAAACAACUCAAGCGAACGCCAGCCAAUCUUGAGGUCAGCAAUUCAAGCCAGCCUCAAGGUUCUUCCCAAAAGGGUGAGAAAAGUCCGCCCAAGAAAAUUGUAACUUUUCGACGCAGCAGUGUUGUUGGCACCAACGCUCCUGCGCCAGGAAAGGCUCAAAAGACGUCAAAACCUGCGAGAAAAGGAUCACGUCAGGAGCGAUACUCGAGUCGGUUUGGAGCGGAAGCUUGA